CUCUCUCUUCCUUCCGUAGAUAAUUUGGUCGGUUAAUUUGUUAUUUUUCGAUUGUGUUUUUUUUUUUUUUGCUCAAUCCGGUUCUAGAUUUGAAAUGUCGUUUAUAGAAACUGUAAUUUCAUUGUAAGCUUUGGUGAAUUCCGUGCUUUUGAUGUGGAUUUCGUGAGAUUCUUUUGGCAGUCAUUGUUUUUUUUUUGUCUGAUGGAUCUGAUGUCUCUUUGUACGUGGUGCGCAUAUUUGGAUACGGAGUGGGCUUGGUGUUUAUGGUUUUGGUGGAUGAUUCGGAUCUUUCUCUCUUUUUGACGCUGUUGAAAGGAGAUGGCCGAAGCUGAUGAUAUUCAACCACUCGUCUGUGACAAUGGGACAGGAAUGGUUAAGGCUGGAUUCGCUGGAGAUGAUGCUCCAAGGGCUGUGUUUCCCAGCAUCGUGGGUCGCCCACGCCACACUGGUGUGAUGGUCGGUAUGGGCCAGAAAGAUGCAUAUGUUGGAGAUGAAGCUCAGUCCAAGCGUGGUAUCCUAACUCUUAAGUACCCAAUUGAGCAUGGUAUUGUGAGCAACUGGGAUGACAUGGAGAAGAUAUGGCACCACACUUUUUAUAAUGAACUUCGUGUGGCCCCAGAGGAGCACCCAGUUCUACUCACCGAGGCACCUCUUAACCCAAAGGCUAACCGUGAGAAAAUGACUCAAAUAAUGUUUGAGACCUUUAAUACACCUGCCAUGUAUGUUGCUAUCCAGGCUGUUUUAUCUCUAUAUGCCAGCGGUCGUACAACUGGUAUUGUUUUGGACUCUGGAGAUGGUGUCAGUCACACUGUCCCCAUAUAUGAGGGGUACGCCCUCCCACAUGCUAUCCUACGUCUUGAUUUAGCUGGUCGUGACCUCACUGAUGCCCUCAUGAAAAUCUUAACUGAGCGUGGCUACUCAUUCACCACCACAGCCGAGCGUGAAAUUGUGAGGGACAUGAAGGAGAAGCUAGCAUACAUUGCCCUUGACUAUGAGCAGGAGUUAGAGACUUCCAAGACUAGCUCUUCUGUUGAGAAGAGUUACGAGUUACCUGAUGGGCAGGUGAUCACUAUUGGGGCAGAGCGUUUCCGAUGCCCAGAAGUCCUUUUCCAGCCAUCCAUGAUUGGAAUGGAAGCUGCAGGCAUUCAUGAAACCACAUACAACUCCAUCAUGAAGUGUGAUGUUGAUAUUAGGAAGGAUCUAUACGGAAACAUCGUCCUCAGUGGUGGUUCCACCAUGUUUCCAGGUAUUGCUGAUAGAAUGAGCAAGGAAAUUACUGCUUUGGCUCCAAGCAGCAUGAAAAUCAAGGUGGUGGCUCCACCUGAGAGGAAGUAUAGUGUUUGGAUUGGAGGUUCUAUCUUGGCAUCCCUCAGCACCUUCCAGCAGAUGUGGAUUGCAAAGGCAGAGUAUGAUGAAUCAGGACCUGCCAUUGUGCACCGAAAAUGCUUCUAA